GCUACACCACUUCUUAUAACCUAGUUUUGCCUCUCGUUCUUCUUCCCCAAAUCUCCGUUUCUUCUUUCUUUGAUUCCAUUUCCAUUCUUCGCUGCCAUUUCCGUAGCAGGGUUGCAGAAUGGCCGGAAAGGGAGAAGGUCCGGCUAUCGGAAUCGAUCUCGGAACCACGUACUCUUGUGUCGGCGUGUGGCAACACGACCGUGUUGAGAUCAUUGCCAAUGACCAGGGUAACAGGACCACCCCGUCCUAUGUUGCAUUCACCGACACUGAGCGUUUGAUCGGUGAUGCCGCUAAGAAUCAGGUCGCCAUGAACCCGAUUAACACCGUCUUUGAUGCUAAGAGGUUGAUUGGCAGAAGAUUCAGCGACUCAUCAGUCCAGAGCGACAUUAAGUUGUGGCCAUUUAAGGUCAUUCCAGGCCCUGGUGACAAGCCCAUGAUUGUUGUUAGUUACAAGGGCGAGGAGAAGCAGUUCGCUGCUGAAGAAAUCUCUUCCAUGGUUCUCAUCAAAAUGCGUGAGAUUGCCGAAGCUUACCUUGGUUCCACUGUGAAGAAUGCUGUGGUUACCGUCCCUGCGUACUUCAAUGACUCUCAACGUCAGGCCACCAAGGAUGCUGGUGUCAUUGCUGGUCUCAAUGUCAUGAGAAUCAUCAAUGAGCCCACGGCCGCUGCCAUUGCAUAUGGUCUUGACAAGAAGGCAACCAGCGUUGGUGAGAAGAACGUUUUGAUUUUUGAUCUUGGUGGUGGUACUUUUGAUGUCUCUCUUCUUACCAUUGAAGAGGGUAUCUUCGAGGUGAAGGCCACUGCUGGAGAUACGCAUCUUGGUGGUGAGGAUUUCGACAACAGAUUGGUGAACCACUUUGUGCAGGAGUUCAAGAGGAAGCACAAGAAGGACAUUAGUGGCAACCCAAGAGCUCUUAGGAGGCUGAGGACAUCUUGUGAGAGGGCUAAGAGGACUCUCUCAUCCACUGCUCAGACCACCAUUGAAAUUGAUUCCUUGUACGAAGGAAUUGACUUCUACUCAACCAUUACUCGUGCCAGAUUUGAGGAAUUGAACAUGGAUCUCUUCAGGAAGUGUAUGGAGCCCGUUGAGAAGUGUUUGAGGGAUGCCAAGAUGGACAAGAGCACCGUCCAUGAUGUUGUCCUUGUCGGUGGCUCUACUAGGAUUCCCAAGGUCCAACAGUUGUUGCAAGAUUUCUUCAAUGGCAAGGAGCUUUGCAAGAGCAUCAACCCUGAUGAAGCCGUUGCUUAUGGUGCUGCAGUUCAGGCUGCCAUCUUGAGUGGUGAGGGCAAUGAGAAGGUGCAGGACCUUCUUCUGUUGGAUGUCACCCCUCUCUCCCUUGGUUUGGAAACAGCUGGUGGUGUCAUGACAGUGUUGAUUCCGAGAAACACGACCAUCCCCACCAAGAAGGAACAGGUAUUCUCUACCUACUCCGACAACCAGCCUGGUGUGUUGAUUCAAGUAUACGAAGGUGAGAGAACGAGAACCCGCGACAACAAUUUGCUUGGGAAAUUUGAGCUCUCUGGCAUCCCUCCAGCUCCCAGAGGUGUUCCCCAAAUCACAGUGUGCUUUGACAUUGAUGCCAAUGGUAUCUUGAACGUCUCUGCCGAAGACAAGACAACGGGUCAAAAGAACAAGAUCACCAUCACCAACGACAAGGGAAGACUCUCCAAGGAGGAGAUCGAGAAGAUGGUUCAAGAGGCAGAGAAGUACAAGUCUGAAGACGAGGAGCACAAGAAGAAGGUGGAAGCCAAGAACGCAUUGGAGAACUACGCCUACAACAUGAGGAACACAGUGAACGACGAGAAGAUUGGUGCUAAGCUAUCCCCCGCCGACAAGAAGAAGAUCGAGGAUGCCAUCGAGCAGGCCAUCCAAUGGCUCGAUGCCAACCAGCUCGCUGAGGCUGAUGAAUUCGAAGACAAGAUGAAGGAAUUGGAGAGCAUCUGCAACCCAAUCAUUGCCAAGAUGUACCAAGGUGCCGGAGCUGACAUGGGCGGUGGAAUGGACGACAGCGCCCCAGCCGGCGGUAGCGGCGCUGGUCCCAAGAUCGAGGAAGUCGACUAAAUUAAUCUCUCCUCCACAAGUCGUUUCUUUUUUUGGAAUAUCGAUUUUGAUUUAUCAUUUCGUGGCUUAGUUAGUCGAAGCCAUCGUUCACUGGGGUAUUUUUUCUCUCUCUCUAUUGUUAAGUUUUUUGAAGACUUAGUGGCGGAAAUUACUUUUGGCCRCAAAAACUGUCGUUUUAUUAUAUUUUUCAGCACAUGGUAAUAUUGUUGUCCAAGACUUUCGGCCAUA